AUGCCAGUUAUCAGGAUGCUGAGGCGGGUAGUGGGCCCAAUGCUAUUGCGCCCAGCCUGUGGCUGUUCGACAUCUGUCUUGCCAGUCCGGUUUCUGGGCACCUCCCCUCGGCAAGUUGCAGCAGAUGCCAACUACCACUCUGCCUCUUUCUCUGAAACAGACCAUCCACGUGUCUUAAUUACAGGAGGUCUUGGCCAGCUGGGAGUGGGGCUUGCUAACCUUCUGAGGAAACGAUUUGGGAAGGACAAUGUGAUUUUGUCCGACAUACGGAAGCCUCCCGAUCAUGUCUUCCAUAGCGGCCCGUUUAUUUAUUCUGAUAUCUUGGAUUACAAGAGUCUUCGGGAGAUUGUGGUAAACAACCGCAUCACCUGGCUGUUUCAUUAUAGUGCUUUGCUCAGUGCGGUUGGAGAAGCAAACGUGUCCCUGGCGAGAGCUGUGAAUAUAACUGGAUUGCACAAUAUUCUGGACGUUGCAGCAGAGCACAGUGUGCGGCUGUUCGUGCCCAGCACGAUUGGGGCUUUCGGACCUACCUCGCCCCGGAAUCCGACCCCUGAUGUCUGCAUUCAGAGACCCAGGACCAUCUAUGGGGUGUCCAAGGUGCAUGCGGAGCUCAUGGGAGAAUAUUAUCAUUACCGGUAUGGGUUAGAUUUCCGAUGCCUGAGAUACCCUGGAAUCAUUUCAGCUGACUCCCAACCUGGAGGAGGAACAACUGACUAUGCGGUCCAGAUCUUCCAUGAUGCGGCAAAGCAUGGCAAAUUCGAGUGCAACCUGGACUCCAGCACGAGGCUCCCAAUGAUGUACAUCAGUGACUGCCUGCGGGCCACCCUGGAGGUCAUGGAGGCCCCGGCCGAGUCUCUGUCCAUGAGGACCUACAACAUCAGUGCCAUGAGCUUCACCCCUCAGGAGCUGGCCCUGGAGGUUCUCAAGCACAUCCCGGAAUUCGAGAUCACGUACAAUGUGGACGCUGUUCGCCAGGCCAUAGCGGAUAGUUGGCCGAUGAACUUUGAUGACAGCAACGCUCGAAAGGACUGGGGAUGGAGACACGAUUUUGACCUCCCGGAGUUGGUGACCACAAUGUUGAACUUCUAUGGCUCCAACACCAGAGUGGCCAGAGCCAACUGA